AGCCAUUUUUGGCCCAAGUGGGUGCUGGGGGUCCUGGGUUCUUCCACUCACUUGGAUAGGCACGGCACCCCUGUCGGGACUGUCCUCAUCCUCGCCGCCAUGAGCGUUUCCUCCCUUCCUGCGGAUUUUGGCCACCGCUACCUCCAUGAAUGCCGAGGGCGUCACGGUCGUGGCCCGUCAGGCGCGACGUGGGAAAUUCAUCGACCAAGCCAUGAGCAAGACCAUGGAGCGCCUCUUCGUGGCAUUUCACGUCACGAGGCACAUCACGACGACCAAUGCCACAAAGGUUGUGUCUAAGCUGGAGGCGCAUUUGUCUAAAUCGGGUUCUUCUUCGCCCCCUAUUUCAACGGCCUCUCCAAGGACCCCAGAGGGUAAGCAGGCGUGGGUGGAUAUCAGUGGCCCCGAAGUUUCUAUUCUGACACCGUUGCAGCUAAAGUAUUUCGCUGCCGCGGAUGCCACUCAAAUGGAUGAGAACGACAGCGCAUAAUAUGAGGCAGAGUAUGUGCCGGCAUCUUGUCAGCAGCAUGACAAAGCAGUUGUUUACAUGAUGAUCCACAGCCGAUGGGCCUGGACCUUCAGGGCCUACGCGAUGAUAUAUAGAGUACGGCAGCCAGAUGCUUUGAGACCCUCACAUGAUUCGCAAGAUCGAGAUCGAGAUUGCCCAGGACGCCAUGGCCGAGAAGCAAGCCAGAGUAGACGAGCUCUUGCAGACGCUCGCGGAAUCGGAUGCCAUGCUGCUGCACCUCGCCACCACGGGCUGCCGGGCACACAGCAAUCCCGAUAUGUUCUCCGAGGUCUGCGCUGACGACAGCGCGGGCGGCAGCGUGGACGCAGGCACCGAUCAGAUUUCCAAUCCCGUCGCCUACGGCAGCACCGACGGCAGCACUGACAUGACCUCCGACUGCAAUGCCGACGGCAGAGCGGACAGCAGCACAGACAAGGUCUUCGAUUGCCACGCCGUCGGCAGCGACAACAAGAGCCUUAGCAACGAUGACAAGGAUUUCAAAGAUCCAGGGUAUCCUUGCGCUAGACGCAUCACUGUUCAUGGGAGCUGCAGCUGUUUAAUUUCAUCGGCCCCUGAUGCUAAAGUUAGGUGCUACGUGUGUGGUGAGCGCUAUGCAAAGAACACGGCAGCGCUCUGCUUCCCAGGAUGCAAGUCGUGGUCUCAUGAUGUAUGCUUCCCUUUAUAUAGCGGCCAGCGCAGGGUCUGGCUGAGUACCUUUGCUGCACUUGGGAAGGAGCAGCGAGUGAGGGAGUCAAAGGGCAGCUGUUGUCGUCAUGCUGUUCUUUCCCU